UUUUAAUUAUAUGUAAUCCUGAGCAGAUAGAAUUGAACUGAGAUUUCUAUCAGUGUUCAUCUCGUAAAAAGAGCUAGAAGUUGUACAGGAGAAUUAAAAUGUCAAACCAGAAAUCUAAAAAUGGCGUCACUACAGAGGAAAGAUAAGACCCCAAUGAAGGCUACGCGAGCUUUAGGACUGAAAGAUGACUGGCAGACUAGAAGAUCUCUGGCAGAAACCAACCUGAUCAUGCUAGAAAAUAAGAUUGCCUGUGACGUGGCGUUUCGCGUUGGUCCAACAAGGGAAAGAAUACAAGCUCACAAGAUCAUGCUGAUAAGUCGCAGUCACGUAUUUGCAGCCAUGUUUAAUGGUCCAAUGGCUGAAACGGGUGUGGUGGAUAUCCCGGAUGUUGACGUCGCUGUCUUUAAUCUGUUUCUCAGAUUCGUGUACGCUGAUGACGUCACAGUGAAAUCUGAUAACGUAAUGCAUCUACUGUACCUAGCCAAAAAGUACAGCACUGGAAAGCUAGAAGAUAUUUGUCUGAAAUUCCUUAAAACAUCCUUAAACGUCAAGAAUGUCUGCACUAUCCUGGAACAAGCCAAGUUCCUUAAUGUAGAUGAACUAUGUAACACGGCCAUUAAAUACAUCUUGGAAAACGGAAAUUCGGCUUUGAAGUCACCUGAUUUUCUGACCUUAUCACAGGAGUCCGUACUGGAUGUCGUGAAGUCUGAUGACCUCCAAGCAGACGAGAAAGAAGUAUUACAGGCUGCCGUUAAGUGGGCCAAGCACCAGUGUGAGCAGAAACACAUGGCCAUCAAUACCGAGACUGUACGAACACAACUUGGAGACAUCGUCCAGCAGAUCCGCUUCCCUCUUCUGGACAGAGAGUACUUUGUCCGGACAGUGGUUCGUAGCGGCAUGCUGACAGAAACAGAGCAGUUGCUGAUUCACAACCAUGCUGUCUGCAAAGAUGUUUCCGUGGCGCCAUUCUCUGACACACCGAGGAACUUUAUAAGCAAGCAACGCGGUGGCAUUCGAUGUAAAUUUUGUGGAUACACGUUGAACAAUUUUGCAAAUAACUCGUUCUGGGGUAGGUCUUGUCAGAGCUGUGGACGGCAUUACUAAGUG